AUGAGCCGUGAGAAUAAGUUUUAUUUGAUUCCUUCGGCAUUUGGCAGCAAUAGUGACUGUGAUCAUUCGAACCCUGAAAGCAAAGACACGUUCCCAAAAUCGGCAAAAGAACAGCAUUUGAAUGGUCGUAAAACCACUAGACAUUAUAAAUUCACCUACGGGUUAGACAAGUUUGGUCAGGAGUACCAAAGUGACGCCACGCUUCAUUAG